GCCCCCGGUUCACCACUAAGAAAACCAAACAAUCACCUGGUCAGAACUCCCCCUAUAAGAGCUCUUCUUCCCUUCUUGAUUUGUAUAUAUCUCUUCAUAAGAACAUACCGUGUCCGGUAUCUCGGUAUUAUCCGAUACGAACCCAAUUAUGACGGUGAAGCCCGUAAAGGACCCUCAAGAACGAGUCUCUGCCUCUGUUUCUGAGCUUCACAAACCCAAGGAACUCUCUUCCACCGAGUUGGCCAUGACGUUCCAUAAUCUCGCCGGGGAGAAAGUCUCCAAGGUUGAUCGCAACGAGGUGGCCGCGAAAGCAUCUCCGAAGUCGAGGAAAAAGGUGAAGUAUGUACACAGCCAGAUCCUGAGGAUCAGAGAGGAGGACUCGUACCUCGGCGAGGAUUUCAGUCUUGGUACCAAAGACAACGGUCAUCUUUAUCAUCAAUAUCACGAUCUGCAUUCGGAGAUGGACGUUGUGCUGUUCUCGAAGCCCAUCUUGCCGAGUUCUCCUCUCAGCGGCAAGACCGCGACCUUGAAGGCUUCACACUGAACAAAUCAAACGAGAGUGCUUUUAAGGAGUAGUGUGGAAUAUGGCAAACUCAGAAAGCGAGAGCACGAGAGAGGUUGAAAUCAAGUUUGUAUUUCUGGUCACGAGAGGUUGAAAUCAAGUUUCAAAAGUGACCAGAAAAGUCAGAGAGAGGAGAGGGAUUCUUCUAUUGUACAGUGAAGAAGCAAAUACAAUAGCUACUUUGAAACAAA